AGCACCCGGGGCGCGCGGAUUCCUCGCCUCAGCUCGAAGUAGACGACCUCCUACCGACUUACUUCACGUCAUCCCGCCCGUCUGCCAGCCGUCUCCUCCCUGAAAGCUUCGCUGCGACCAGCCCUCUGAGCGACUCUGGGAUUUAAAAAAAAAAAAUACAGACAGAGAGAGAGGGAGAAAGUGAGAGAGACAAUACACACACACACACACACUCCCAACAUCACCUAGACUACCUGCUCCGGCACAACAAGGGGAGGAGGACGCACAAGUGCAGGCGCGUCCAUGCGUGGCAGCCGAGCAAGACAUUAGGCGGCCAGAGGAUCACAAAUACAUUGGAAUAAGAGUUUAUCCCAAGAACUCUUUGGGAAAGCGCACAGCUUUGCUACAAGAAGAGAGAGAGAGAGAGAGAAAAUAAAAGACUGCCUAAAUGAGUACAUGGUAAGAAGAGUCAUGCAUCUCAACAGAGAAGAAGAUAACAGCAAAGGCUCAGUGUCUCUCAGUGUGUUCCUGGUGUCUGUUGCGUUCGUAGUUUGUGCCGUUUGGCUGGUAGCUCUUUGUGGUGUCUGCACCUGGUGUCAACGUAAACUGGGGAAGCGGAAUAAGCCAGGGGUGGAGGCUGCUGGCUCGCCAGAGUCUGUGAGAGGUCGAGGGGAAAAUAAAGCCAUCAAUGAUCUAGACAGAGACUUUUGGAAUAACAAUGACAGCAGCAACGUGCAGCAGAGGUGGAGCUCCUACCCGCCCAAGGAGUUCCUCUUAAACAUGUCUCCCUACGCCCCCUACGGAGACCCUCGCCUCACGCCCAAUGGGGCUGCGGAUAAGGGUGGGCAAGGUGGCGCUGGACCCUCGCCGGGGGCCAGUGACAGCGGGGGUGGUGCUUGCUCUGGGGCGGGGCCCAGUCGCAGUGACAGCGUUCGGAGCAUGGUGAUGGGGGGCAGCAAGGCCGGGCGCUGGCAGACGGUACAGAGCCACAUGCAUGCCGGAGGCCUGCGGUUUAGCAAUUUUGGGGACGCUUCCCUUUCCACCGCCUCCACCCUGGAGCACAUCCCGUCCUCGGCGGUGGCGCGCCCCCGGCCCCUGGUCCGGCAGCAGAGCCUCCAACAGCCUCUCACUCACCAGCCCCCACCGGGCCCCAACGACCCCCCGGUCACCUCGCAGAGCCUGGGCCAGCUGCAUACGGGCCCGGGCGGCGGGGGCCACCGCGGGGGCCCGCGGGGGGUCCGGGGGAGUCCGGCUGGAGCCUCCCGGUACAGAGGCGGAGGCGCCGGUCGGUCGAGGUCCAAUCCAGGAAGCUGGGACCACAUGAUGGAGCAGAUCCGCCACAGAGGGCUGGAUGUCAAGUCCUUCUUUGAGGGGAAGAUGGUUGUUCUGUCUCUAGCAAUCGGGCUGGCUGAACAGGAUGACUUUGCCAACCUCCCAGACCUACAGGAAGCGCCAGCGAGCAAAGAAAAUGAAACCACACCAGAAAAAAGAACUCCAGGGAACAAACCAGGCAGCAGCCCCAGAGGUCAGACGCCCGACGAAAGUGGACGGCGCCACGAAGCCAACUCCUCUGUUUCCGACUUGGCGAACUCCGUCACCAGCGACAUGCUCAUGGUAACACACGAUCUGUCACCAGGUUCAGAGGAAGACGAGCACGAGGGUCCAAUAUGUGAGAAGCUGGGUCGCAUUCAGUUCAGUGUUGGCUACAGUUUUCAGGACUCGACCCUCACUGUCAAAAUACUCAAGGGCCAGGAUUUGCCCGCCAAGGAUUUUUCCGGCACCUCUGAUCCAUUUGUCAAACUCUACCUGCUGCCGGACAAGAAGCACAAGCUGGAGACCAAAGUCAAGAGGAAGAAUCUAAACCCCCACUGGAACGAGACCUUCCUCUUCGAAGGGUUUCCGUAUGAGAAGGUGGUCCAGAGGACUUUAUACCUGCAGGUUCUGGACUAUGACCGCUUCAGCAGGAACGACCCCAUAGGAGAGGUGUCCAUCCCGCUCAACAAGCUGGACCUGGCCAACAUGCAGACUUUCUGGAAGGAGCUGAAACCGUGCAGCGACGGCAGCGGGAGUCGAGGGGAUCUGUUGGUGUCUCUGUGCUACAACCCCACAGCCAACACCAUCACUGUGAGCAUCAUCAAAGCCCGCAACCUCAAAGCCAUGGACAUCGGAGGCACUUCUGACCCAUAUGUAAAAGUGUGGUUGAUGCACAAGGACAAGCGGGUGGAGAAGAAGAAAACGGUGGUAAUGAAGCGCUGUCUGAACCCUGUUUUCAACGAGUCCUUCCCCUUUGACGUGCCUGCCCACGUGCUGAGGGAGACCACCAUAAUUAUCACCGUCAUGGACAAGGACAGGCUCAGUCGCAAUGAUGUCAUUGGAAAGAUUUAUCUUUCAUGGAAGAGUGGCCCUGCAGAGGUAAAACACUGGAAAGACAUGAUGGGACAUCCCCGUACCACUGUGGCCCAGUGGCAUGCGCUCAAGGCCUGAGGGAGCCAGCAAACCACCUGCCUACAGUGUCCCCCCAACCAAACAACAACAGAUUUUUAGAUUCAGCCACAGCUCCUUCCCUCAACACACACACUCCUUCCCCUAAAUGCAGCGCUGGGCUGCAGACCAUGUAUCAUCUCUUUGUUCUCAGGCCUCUUUGAUAUUUCUUGCCCUCAGACCCCAUGACACCCUCCUUAAAUUUUCACCCUUGUCAAGCUCUGAUUCCCACCUGACCCCCCCUCUCAUCCGUUUGUCUGAAACGUCUUUGAUGUCUUCACUCACUCCCUCGUCGUGCUCUCUUUCAACCAAGUUUUCUUCUUUUGUUCAAGCUAUUUUUUUUCCUCCUCAUCAGCAACCUUGCCUAAUCUCUAACAUCAGACCUCUUGCCACCCAUGAAUAUAAACUACCAACCAAAAAUGGACUGAACUGAUACUCCGAGCAUUUUCUGCGGUGGCAAGAUGGGCUGCGUUCAAACACGCACAUGAUGAGUGUGAACGGCGCUGAGCUGUACGACCCAUU